AUGUUACUGAAUCUUGGUCUUACAGCGGAUGCCGCAGCUGCUCAUACUACCGAUCCUAGCGUCCACCCAGAAACGCCACCCGCGCAAUCUUCACCAUCUUAUUGUUCAGCUCUCUCCAUAGCUACUCUGCCACUCUUGGGCUCUCUAUAUAACAGAUCUAAACAGCUCGAUGCUCUUACUGCUUCUCCGGACUCAAUCCUGGGUGUGGCUAUGAACCCUACUCUCAAAUCAAAGGAGGCUGAGUCUGCUCUCCCUAGACCGCGUGUUGGCCGGUCCAACACAGCCACCACCCGCAAAGCUUCCAGAUCCAAAACCUCCUAUCAGCUUGCCCAUCCAGCCGCACACGCUCGUCAUAAACGACUCAAACUACGUCCGAAACUACUUCUUCAGCUCCAGCAAGUGACGCACACUCCCCGUCCCCUACCGAUCCUGGAUAUCUUACCGUCGACACUAUUCGUGCCCCGAUUGGCCCGCAAGUUCCCGACUGUGUUCCGAGGGAGGAAUGGGUUGGGCCCGAACGAUUUAAUAAUUGUCACGAGUGAACUAUACGAGCGUCGUGUUGGGAAGAUUCCGGAAACCUCGACAAACGCAGAUGAUGAUGAUGAAGAUCAACGAGAAGUAGUGGCCACCAUUUGCCAAAUACUUCAGGGCGAUGCGCUUCAGAAGGGAAAGGCGGAGAUCUGUUUGAAUUUUGGACCAGUAUGGGAAGCUACACCUCUUCCGAGCGGCUCUUACGAAUUUGUGACUCGCACGGACAAUGGCAUAAAGGUCAUGCGAUGGGCUUUGCGCGCUGGCCGAAAUCGCAGAUACUCAGCACAACCUAGCUCUGAACCUCGCGAAGAUACCAAGCGAUUCACGUUUAGUGUUAUUGAUCCCAAUACCCGUCGACAUCCGGUGAUUGCAUCCUUGACGCGUAACCAGCUGGAGGUGUAUGAUGAAUACUCUGCUGUCACUAGAUCCAACACCGGCCCCACUACCCCGAGCUCGGGGAUGUCUGUGAUCAGUGAUUUAUCGGAUAACGAGGGCCCUGAGGAGCUAUAUACGAAUACGAAUGCAAACGCAAAAGUGUACACUCUUGACGAUGAACUCCGAACGAUGAUUAUUGUGACUGGUAUUUGGGUUGCGUUCCGUGAGGGAUGGUCCGAUAACUUCAGCUAUGGCGACCCUAUUGCAUCUCCCACCAAGAGUGUCGCCUCGCCUACUUCCUCCAAAUGCGGAACUCCGAUCGGCGCAAAGAGUGAAAACAAUAGCCCUGAGCGCGACGAGUUGAACGAACUGAAAGAUGUUGUCAGUAAUGGGAAACGUGUUGUGUCAAUGUCUAGUAUGCGCCGCGCGAACACCAUGUCACCUAUUGAUGGACUUAAAUCAUUCGGAAGUCUAUCGAGACGGUCCAACUCCACAGGUGCCACUUUCAUGGAGCGUGCAAAGCAACGAAAUGCCUCAGCGUCUAGUAAUCGUCCCAACCGUCACAGUAUGUUCACUGGCACCGGGGAGAAUGGUCGCGACAUUGUGGUAUCUCGACCUGCUUCUUUGCGACAAAAUUCAGUAGAGCCCCAAGAUGCUCCUGUACAGCCCAAGAACAGAUCCAAAGCCAAACCAACUUCCGAAAACGCCAAAUCUCAUCAGACCCUUCCUUUAUACUCAGACCAUCGACAGAUUUGGGACACAGAAGAUCUCAAAGAACCCGAACUCCUCAGUUCCAACCCAGGAAAAAGCAAGCGUCGGCAUCGAUUCAGUUCUCUUUUCACGAUCUUCCAUCGAAAGACUCCGGCUCACUAG